AUGAUUCCGCUGGCGGUGCUGGUGACCACCUGGAGCGGGUUGCACCGGCAUCUUCUUGCCCAGGAGCUGCGGGCACUGGAGCACGAGCAGGCCGAGUGGCUGGAGCAGAACAAGCGGUUGCUGAUUUCGAUCGCGAUCUACCGGUCGCCGCAACGCAUAGCGGAGCUCGCCGAGCGGGAAUUGGGACUGGCACCGAUCAGCGCGGACCUCGUGACCAUCGUCGAGCCGGGGGCGCAGGCCGUCGUCCAGCGGCAGGGGACGACGUGA